AUGAGCGAGGACAACUACCGCCCACGAUCGCCCGAUUUCUCUUCUCCUCCCCAUUUCAACCCUCUUCCCUCCAACCCCCACAGCCCCGUCGCUCAUCGCGCCUCCUACGACGACUCUCCGUUCUUCAACGCCUACCAGCGCCCGACCUCCAGUCACGUACCCCAGCAGUACGUCCCACCCUACGAGCCCGACCUGGAGAUGGCCCGCCGCUCGUCUCGCCUGCAGGAAGACGCGCCUCUGCCCGAAGCCCCAGCUCCCGCUCCGAUGGCUGUCGCACCUCCAAUGGAGAUGGUAGACCCCCAGCACGCGCGCCCCGGCGCCGGCAUCGAGGUCAAGACCAAGUUUCCCGUCGCGCGUAUCAAGCGCAUCAUGCAAGCCGAUGAGGAUGUCGGAAAGGUCGCGCAGGUGACACCGAUCGCAGUGUGUACGUUACCCAUCGCGCCCCCAAAAAGCUCUUUGUUUUGCAUCUCGAAGCUAACUGCCUCCACUACAGCCAAAGCCCUCGAGCUCUUCAUGAUCUCGCUGGUCACCAAAGCCGCCCAGGAAGCAAAGGACCGCAAUUCGAAGCGCGUGACGGCCUCACAUCUCAAGCAUGCCGUCGCCAAGGACGAGGUGCUAGACUUCCUUGCCGACAUCAUUGCCAAGGUGCCCGACCAGCCUGCCGGCCGGAAACAUGAAGAUGGCGAUGGCAGCGACCAGAAUGAAGGUCGCCGGAAGCGUGGUGGCCGGAAGCCCAAAGAGGAGAGUGACUAG